GUUGCGCAACUUGGCAACAUGGCGGCGUCCGUAAGGCUGUUGUUCCGUCGCCUGGCUCGCCUUUCCCACAAAAACAUUACUUCUUCAGCUGCUACUGUUUCACGCCGCCCAGGCUGCUGUUUGGGCCCGUCUUCCUCUCGCUGCAUUAGUGACACAGCAGAGGACAGAAGCACACACUUCGGGUUUGAAAAGGUGCCCGAGGCAGAAAAGGCGAAGAGAGUCUACAAGGUGUUUGAGAAUGUGGCGCAGAAAUAUGACGUCAUGAAUGAUGCCAUGAGCCUUGGCGUCCAUCGGCUGUGGAAGGACAUGCUGCUGCACGUCAUGCACCCGCAGCCUGGUGCUCGGCUCCUCGAUGUGGCCGGAGGAACAGGCGAUAUUUCUUUUCGUUUCCUGGACUAUAUUUUGUAUCAGCAAGAGAGACGGAAGCGCCGAGCAGCGGCUUCCAGCCAGACCCCAUCAUGGCAGGACAUUUCUGACAAGUAUCCCACUGAGGACAGACCCCAGGAGUCCAGGGCUGUCGUUUGUGACAUCAACAAGGAGAUGCUGAAAGUGGGCAAACAGAGAGCAGACAGCAUGGGCAUCACAUCUGGGCUGUCAUGGGUGGUGGGAGAUGCAGAGGAGCUGCCCUUUGAUGAUGACCAGUUUGAUAUUUACACCAUCGCCUUUGGCAUUCGAAACGUCACUCAUAUCGAUCAGACCCUUCAAGAGGCUCUGCGUGUCCUGAAGCCCGGUGGAAGAUUCAUGUGCUUAGAGUUCAGCAAAGUCACCAAUCCUGUUCUUGCAAAACUUUACGAUGUGUACAGCUUCCAGGUGAUCCCAGUUUUAGGAGAGGUGAUCGCUGGAGACUGGAAGUCAUAUCAGUAUUUGGUGGAGAGCAUUCGCAAGUUCCCUGAUCAGGAGGAGUUCAAAGGAAUGAUUGAAGAUACAGGUUUCUUCUGUGUGCAGUACUUCAACUUCACAGGUGGAGUAGUGGCUCUUCACUCAGGUUUCAAGCUGUGAGCUGCACUCUAAAUGCCUCCCGUAGAAAUACAAAAAAGAAAACUGUCAAAGCUGAUGUGUCACGGACUGAUUUCAGACAUGAAGCCUCAGAAGCUCUCAGCAGAUUCUGCUGCAUAAUGACAGAAAGGCAGAGGUCAGUGGUUGUUAUUUAUUUACAUAUGUGGAAAGCGGUUUUUGUGUUUGCACUUAUGGUUGUUCAGAUAACUCCACACUAAAGUUUGUUUUCACUGCCUCUGCUGUACAAAAAUAUUUUUGCAACAGUCUCAUUUGAAUAAAUAAAACCUUAAGUAACUCA